CCAGGAUGGGUCUUCAUCACAAUGGGACUUUGAACACGGUUACUUCUCGUGCGAACACUGCAGCAUCUCAUCACAACAUGUAUGGUUACACCAAUCACAUGGCAACGGAUUCCACCAGCUCGGAAGCUUCAAGCCACGUACAGGACAGAGCUGAUCUGCUGGUUCCUAGACCGAAAUCUAGAGCCAGAAGUAUGCAUAAUCAAACAGGUAUUUACUACGAUGUGGAUUAUGAAAAUGCCCCUGAAGCCAUUUACGGAACUAAAGGGAUACCGUUAUCAACAUACACCGUUAGUAGGGGACCGCCGUUCUAUAGAACAUAA